CCAUUCCCCACCUCCCAUCAAAGCUUCUCCUCCUAGACUCUUCUUCUACCUCAAACCUGAUCUGCUAUUUGCGCUUCUGCCGAGCUGGGCAAAAUUUGCAGUCAUGUCGGGCGAAAACUCCGACUCCCCACAAGUCUCAGCAGCUCCCCUGCAGCACACCGUCAAUCUCAAGCUCGUCAAGCUGGGAUACCAUUACCUCAUCUCCUACUCCCUGUAUCUUCUCCUGCUCCCCGCCCUCGCCGUCGUCUCCACACGCCUCGCCAGCCUCACCUUCGGUGACCUGCUCCUGCUCCGGGACUCCCUUCGGAGCAACCCGGCGACCCUCGUCCUCUGCUACGCCCUUAUGGUGUUCCUCGCCACCCUCCUCUUCAUGAAGCGGCCCCGCCCUGUCUACCUCGUCGACUUCGCGUGCUACAAGCCUAGCUGCGCCCUCAAGUGCACCCGCGAGUUCUUCGUGGAACACUCGGCGCGCACCGGCAUCUUCACCGACGACAACCUGGCGUUCCAGAAGAAGAUACUGGAGAGGUCGGGGCUGGGGCAGUCGACGUACUUCCCGGAGGCGAUGUUCGAGACGCCGCCCAAGCUGUGCAUGGCGGGGGCGAGGAAGGAGGCCGAGAUGGUGAUGUUCGGGGCCAUCGACGAGCUGCUGCAGAAGACCGGCGUGAAGGCGAAGGACAUCGACAUCCUGAUCGUGAAUUGCAGCCUCUUCAAUCCCACGCCCUCCCUAUCCGCCAUGGUGGUCAACCACUACAAGCUCAGGGGCAACAUCCAAAGCUACAACCUCGGUGGGAUGGGUUGCAGCGCAGGACUCAUCUCCAUAGAUCUCGCGAAGCAACUCCUCCAGGUACACAGGAAUUCCAACGCCUUGGUCGUGAGCACGGAGAACAUCACCCUCAACUGGUACUUCGGGAACAAUCGCUCCAUGCUCGUGCCCAACUGCCUGUUCCGCGCCGGCUGCGCCGCCGUCCUCCUCACCAACCGCAGCGCCGCCCACCGCCGCUCCAAGUACCAGCUCAUACACACCGUCCGCACCCACAAAGGCGCGGACGAAAGCUCCUACAACUGCGUCUUCCAGCACGAGGACGACGAGGGCAAAGUCGGCGUCGCGCUCUCCAAGGACCUCAUGAAGGUGGCCGGCGAUGCUCUGAAGGCCAACAUCACCGCCCUCGGGCCGCUGGUCCUGCCGUUGUCGGAGCAGCUACUCUUCGUCUUCAAUCUGGUGGCGAGACGUGCAUUGAGGAUGAGGAUCCCUUCGUACAUUCCGGACUUUAAGCUCGCGUUCGAACACUUCUGCGUGCACGCGGGAGGGAGGGCGGUGCUGGACGAGGUGGAGAAGAGUCUGGAGUUGACGGACCGGCACAUGGAACCGUCGAGGAUGACGCUGUACCGGUUCGGCAACACGUCGAGCAGCUCGCUGUGGUACGAGCUGGCUUACUCGGAGGCCAAAGGGAGGAUAAAGAAAGGAGACCGGACAUGGCAGAUCGCCUUCGGCUCGGGGUUCAAGUGUAACAGCGCGGUGUGGCGUGCAUUGAGGACCAUCAAUCCGGCCAAGGAGAAGAAUCCGUGGAUGGAGGAGAUUCAUGAGUUCCCGGUGCGUGUGCCCAGGGUGGAAGCUAUUAGGACGUAGUAGAAGAAACAAUUCAUAGUUAAGGAGACCCAAAUUGUACUGUGAAUCUGAAUAAAAUAUUUCUCAUGCAAACCAUCUCAAAGAAAAUAAAA